AUGUUAUCAAAGCAGAAAUCAUGUAUCGCCUGUGCACAGGGAAAACGCCGCUGCGAUCGUCAAACUCCGCAAUGCGCGCGUUGUCGACGGCGAGGCGUGGAAUGUUUGUACAAGGAUGUGACUCAUCUGGAACCGUCUCGAUUCUCACCACUUGAUGUUGAUCUCGCCUUCUCAUUGAUGGAAAUUCCAUCGCCGUAUGGUGGUAGCGGUAUUUUCCCCUCGCUUUUGUAUCCGCAGGUCGUCUCGCUGGACAGAUGGUCCAUCAGCCAGCUGCUGCGGAGUAUCAAGAGUUAUCCCAGGUUGUUUGCCCGGCAUCGACGGACCCCAUUCAUCCAUGCCCGUCUCUAUGAUGACGAUCUGCCUGAGGCUAUCCAAGAUGCUUUUGCCGUCUCGGUGGCCUAUGCGACAAAGUCCGCCGAGACGGAAGAUAUGAUCUUUCGCAUCUUGGAAGCAAAGACCGCUCGUCUCAUACAGCAGCACCAAGACUUUGAUCGAAUAUCUUUGUCAGACCUCCUAGCUGCCGUUCAAUCCCUACUGCUCUUCCAUAUUAUUCAGCUCUUCGACGGUGAUAUCCGCCAGCGAGUAAUCGCCGAGCAGAACGCAGACACCCUCCGACAAUGGACUAUACAGCUGCAGAUCCUUGCGGACGAGCAGAAUCAUCUUCUCACUCCCUCAACGACAACAUGGCAUGCCUGGGUCUUUGCUGAGAGUCUCCGCCGCACCGUCAUCCUCUCCAUCCUCAUCGACGGCCUUUUCUCUGUCCUCAAGAUGGGAUACUGCACCGUUGUCCCUGCUCUCAGUCUGCUUCCCUUUACGCCAGAGCCAGGCUUAUGGAAUGCCUGCACGGAUGCCUCCUGGCUCGACGAGUCUAGUCGACACUCCUCUACCGUGCUCUAUGGUGAUUUCUCCAGGGCCUGGGGGGAGGGCAAGAUUCACGAUAGGCUGGACUCGUUCCAUAAGCUUUUGCUUACUCCGUGUAUGGGAGAGAAACACCGCCACCUGCUGGAAAUGAAAGAUUAA